UUAACAAACAUUUAAAAAAAAUACAGUGCGAACGUGAAUCGUUCAUGUUUCACGAUCUUCUGCAAAAGAAAAAAGUCUUCCAUUUCCUCUUCCACCAACCAAUAACAAACAAUGGAAAACAUUUCAAAUGAAUAGCCUUGAAAUUCCGAAUCCAUGGAGUCCAAACUCCAAGACGUAAAUUCCAAGCCACCAAAACAACCCGACCCGGUUCACGACGACGGUCCUCUUCUCAAACCGAUUACAAUCUUCGCUUCCGACACCGAAGAACUCGAGAGGAAAUUCGCCGCAUAUGUCCGACGCGAUGUUUACGGAACAAUGGGACGCGGCGAGUUACCGACGAAGGAGAAGGUGUUAUUGGGGGUUGCAUUGGUGACGCUUGUUCCGAUGAGAGUGGUUGCGGCUAUGGCGUUGUUGUUGUUGUAUUAUUUGAUUUGUAGGGUUUGUACAUUGUGUUCUGUUCCCAAUCGGGAGGAUGAACAGGAGGAUUAUGCGCAUUUAGUUGGAUGGAGAAGGAUCGUUAUUGUCCAGUGUGGGAAAGCUCUUGCUAGGCUCAUGCUUUUCAUUUUAGGGUUUUAUUGGAUUACGCAUUCAUGUCGCGUUGAAAACCCUACCUCCAGUGAGAAGGAAAACAAACGCCAGCCUGAAGAGACAGGAAGACCCGGUGUAAUAAUAUCUAAUCAUGUAUCAUACGUGGACAUUUUGUAUCACACGUCUAAAUCAUUCCCAAGUUUUGUUGCUAAGAGAUCAGUGGCUAAACUUCCUCUAAUUGGUCUCAUCAGCAAGUGUCUUGGUUGUAUCUACGUUCAGCGGGAGUCCAAGACAUCAGAAUUCAAGGGUGUUUCAGCUAUUGUCACCGAAAGAAUUCGAGAAGCUCAUCGAAAUACAUCUGCUCCAAUGAUGAUGUUAUUUCCAGAAGGUACAACCACAAAUGGAGAAUAUCUCCUUCCAUUCAAGAGUGGUGGUUUUUUGGCACAUGCACCAGUACUUCCUGUAAUUUUAAAUUACCGUUACAAGAGAUUUAGCCCUGCUUGGGAUUCCAUAUCUGGGCUGCGUCAUGUGAUUUUUCUUUUCUGUCAGUUUGUAAAUUAUAUGGAGGUGACAGAGUUACCUAUGUACUCUCCCUCAGAACAGGAGAAGGAUAAUCCCAAACUAUAUGCAAAUAAUGUUAGAAGGUUGAUGUCUACUGAGGGUAAUUUGAUACUUUCAGAUAUUGGGCUAGCUGAGAAACGAAUAUAUCACUCUGCUCUUAAUGGUUUGUUUUCCCAAUGCUAAUUUUGUGCCCUGUGUAUUCACUGUAUGGUUCUAUUAUGUCCAGAAGGAAAGUUAACAUAGAAAAUUAUUUGCUGAACAAGAUUCAUAUUUGAAUUGUAUCUGAUCAUGGAUCCUUCUCUUCUCUUGGAGCGUCAGUGCUCUUCAUCAGAGAGACCUUCUAGUACUAAUUUUUCGCUGAUCCUUUCAAGUGUGAGGUGGUUUGCAGUAUAAUUGUUGAUUCUGAUGGAGAUUUAGGCUCCAAGUUUUUAACCUAGUAAUCUUGACAAGGGAUGAAGUUUUAUAUAAUGUAUGGUAGGAAUUUAAAUAUUUAGAAGGGGGCGCUGAGAAGCAAGUAAAUAUGUAAAAUAUUUGAUUUGACUUUAUGAAUUAGUUUUACAGUAAAUAUAAAUUAUAUACCCUGUUAAGAAUCA